AGAAGAAAUAAAAGGUGAACAAGCCCAUCCAAAACAACAAACUGAUUCUUAUUCAUUCUCCACCCUGAAAUCCCUCGGCUAAGAAGGGAAUUUCACAUAACACCGCCUGAAUUCCGAAACCCCAUUCUCUUAAGUUCAUGAAAUUGUUCUAAAUUGUAAGGAAUUCUCAAGUUUAAGUGCAUUAAAUAGUUGUAAAAAGUAGGUAUCAAUUUUUCAGCGACAAGCACUUAACAUGGCUGCUCAAUCUAUCAACAUGUAUAGCCCUUCAAUUCAAUGUACGAGGUCGAAAAGGAAUUUUUCUUUCCCUGUUUCAUCUUCAUGUUUUCAAGUGGGAAAAUCGGAGUUGAGAGGCCAGAAAAUGGCUGGUGGAGAAGUGUUGGUUGUUUUCAGGCGAGGACCUCCGAGGAGAAUUGUCAUGUGUUCAGCUGUUCAAGAAUCACCAACAGUUGCAUCUGAAACUAAAGAAGCAGUUAAACCAGAAGGAGAAACUCCAGUUAAAGAAACUCCGGCAAAGCGAGCAGCUCCAGCAAAAGCUCCAGUCAAAGCAUUGCCUCAAUUUAUGGAAGAGGAUGUUAUCCCUUCUCUUAGGGCUAUUCUGGAAGCCGAAAAUGAUAUCUCAGAAAUCGAACUCUCAUUUAGUGACAAUAAGUUAGAGGGCUCCUUUGUAAAGGAUGGCAUACCUUACAAUUUUUGGGCUUUCUUCCCUAGUGGCAGCCUUGUAGGGCCAAAGGGGUUUUCUCUAUCAUCUUAUGGAUCAGGAGCCAGUACUGUGGAGCCAUUUCUCAUUGAUGAGAAAAAGAUAACAUCAAAGCAUGUGGUCUUUUGGGUAGAGAAGCGUUUGGCAGCUCAAGGCAUUCUUCCUGUAUGGAGGGAAUGAUCAAUCAGUAGUCCACCCAAUUGUAAAUCAAUGAGAGUUGUAUUAAUCCAUAGUAUAAUUUGAUAUAUUAAGCCAACAUUUAUUGCAUGCCGUAGGGAAGAUGGCAAACCAA